UCGCUGGCUUCCGCCUUUUUCCCUCCGCCUCCACGGGCUCACCAAACCCUAGCUAGGGUUUCGUUAGGGUUUCUAUAGAGUUCCGGCGCCGCCCUCGGAGCUGGAUUCCCUCUCGGCGUCACUCCGGAUCUCCCUGCGCCGCUGGGCAAGUGGUUUCGUUGAUUAGCGGUGUCUUUUCUUGCUGAAAUCGAGAGAAGGAUUCCAUUUUUUAGGGUUAGGGUUUCGGGGUUUUAAUGGCGGCAGAGGCGAGGCUGGGGCAGGGGUGAAGGAUUGACUGUGUGUGAGUUAGAUGAUGGCAUUGGGGGAUUUGAUGGCGUCGCGGUUCUCGCAGUCUUCUUCGCCGUCGGUUUCGAACCAUUUGAUGAGUUCUCAGGGGAGGGAGCAUUCUGGGGAUGUUGGUUCUGCGGCGGUGCAGAGAAGGGAACAGGAGGCUGGGGUUGUCACCGGGGUUAAUCCUGUGGAGGCUGCGACGACGAGCAUGGCUUAUUUGCCGCAGACGGUGGUGUUCUGUGACUUUAGGCAUGAGGGAUUUGAGGACUGUGUGCCCUUGGGGCCCAUCGAGAGUGGGUUGGUGUCUAAGUGGCGACCCAAGGAUCGGAUGAAGACUGGCCGUGUGGCACUUGUAUUGUGUUUAAAUAUUGGUGUUGAUCCGCCAGAUGUAAUAAAAAUUUCACCUUGUGCAAGAAUGGAGUGCUGGAUAGAUCCUUUCACCAUGGCUGCUCCAAAGGCUCUUGAGACAAUUGGAAAAGCCUUGCACACUCAAUACGAACGUUGGCAACCACGGGCUCGUUACAAAGUCCAACUCGAUCCAGCUGUGGAAGAAGUUAAGAAACUUUGCAAUAGCUGCCGCAAAUAUGCUAGGUCUGAAAGAGUUCUUUUUCAUUACAAUGGCCAUGGAGUACCAAAGCCUACUGCUAAUGGUGAAAUAUGGGUUUUUAAUAAGAGUUAUACACAAUAUAUUCCUUUGCCGAUCAGUGACCUUGAUUCUUGGCUGAAAACACCGUCAAUAUAUGUUUUUGACUGCUCCGCAGCUGGGAUGAUUCUCAGUGCUUUUAUAGAGGUUCCGCAAGAAUGGGGCUCUUCUAGUGCAGCUGGUUCUUCAUCAAAGGACUGCAUUCUGCUUGCAGCCUGUGAAGCACAUGAGACUCUGCCACAGAGUGCGGAAUUUCCCUUUGUUCCUAGUAAAGGCAUAUUAAACAUUCACUUGAAAAGGUUCUGCACUCGGUCAUUACUUCGUGAUACCCUUGAUCACUCUCUUAUAGACAAAAUUCCUGGAAGACAAAAUGAUCGGAAAACGCUUUUAGGAGAGCUGAACUGGAUUUUCACAGCUGUGACAGAUACUAUAGCUUGGAAUGUCUUACCUCAUGACCUUUUUCAAAGGUUGUUUUCGCAGGAUCUACUGGUUGCUAGCUUAUUUCGGAAUUUUUUACUUGCUGAGAGAAUCAUGCGAGCUGCAAAUUGUUCACCAAUUUCAUAUCCCCUACUACCAUCCACUCACCAGCAUCAUAUGUGGGAUGCAUGGGAUAUGGCGGCUGAGAUUUGCCUUGCUAAGCUUCCCCAGUUGAUUGAGGAUCCAAAUGCAGAAUUUCAGCCGAGCCCCUUUUUCACCGAACAAUUGACUGCCUUUGAAGUGUGGCUUGACCAUGGUUCUGAACAUAAGAAACUGCCAGAGCAACUUCCUAUAGUUCUUCAGGUUUUGCUUAGCCAAUCUCAUCGUUUCCGAGCACUGGUUCUUCUUGGAAGGUUCCUUGAUAUGGGGCCAUGGGCUGUAGACCUGGCUUUGUCUGUCGGAAUCUUUCCUUAUGUGCUAAAACUACUGCAAACAACUGCUAUGGAAUUACGUCAAAUUCUUGUAUUUAUAUGGACCAAGAUACUUGCUCUUGAUAAGUCUUGUCAGGUUGAUCUGGUGAAAGACGGGGGCCAUGCAUAUUUCAUCAGGUUUCUUGACAGCAUGGAUGCAUACCCAGAGCAGCGUGCAAUGGCUGCCUUUGUUUUGGCUGUUAUUGUAGAUGGCCACCGUCGUGGCCAGGAAGCCUGUUUUCAAGCAAAUUUAGUACAUGUUUGUUUGAGGCAUCUGCAACUAGCAAAUCCCCAUGAUGCCCAGACUGAGCCUUUACUUCUACAAUGGCUUUGCCUUUGUUUGGGGAAGCUGUGGGAGGAUUUCUCAGAAGCACAGUUGUUGGGUCUGCAAUCAGAUGCAUCUUCAAUUUUUGCAUCUCUAUUGUCAGAGCCACAACCUGAGGUCAGGGCUGCUGCUGUUUUUGCGUUAGGUACCCUUCUUGAUGUUGGAUCUGACUCUUUCCGAGAUGGAAUGGUUGGUGAUGGGGAUGAUGAUGAUGAAAAGAUGAAGUCUGAUUUAAAUAUUGUUAGAAGCCUUUUGCAAGUUGUUACCGAUGGAAGUCCUUUGGUGAGGGCUGAGGUUGCUGUAGCCCUUGGUCGAUUUGCUUUUGGGCACAACAAGCAUUUAAAAGCAGUUGCUGCUACAUACUGGAAACCUCAGCCUAACUCUUUGCUUAACACACUGCCAUCUUUGACUAAUAUUAGUAACCCAAGCAGUGGAUCAUCCCUUUCUGCCCAAAUUGGUCCUGUAAUGAGAGUUGGUAGUGACAGCAUGGCUGCUGGUCGAGAUGGAAGGGUUUUCACAAGUAGCCCUCUUGCAUCUACUGGAAUUUUGCAUGGUUCUCCACUAUCAGAUGAUUCUUCUCAGCAUUCUGAUUCAGGGAUUUUAUUGAGGGAAAGCACCAGUAAUGGAGUCAUUGGUUAUACUAGGUCCAAACCUCUAGAUAAUGCAAUCUAUUUACAGUGUGUUUUGUCCAUGUCUGCCUUGGCUAAAGAUCCAUCGGCCCGCAUUGCUAGUCUUGGCCAAAAAACCCUCUCAAUUAUAGGGAUUGAACAAGUGGUUACAAGGGCAGUGAAGGUUGGUGCAAUUAAUCAGCAUGGAGAUUCAUCUGCUUCUUCUACUCUAGCUGGAAUCACACGCUCAUCUUCAUGGUUUGACAUGAAUGGUGGUCAUUUGCCAAUGACAUUUAGGACACCACCUGUUAGCCCUCCUAGACAAAAUUAUCUUACUGGUCUCACGAAGGUGUGUUCUUUAGAAUUCAGGCCUCAUCAAUUAAUCCCUGACACUGGACUGGCUGAUCCUCUACUUAGUUCUGGGGAUCUUGUGGCUAAUGAACGUAGUUUACUUCCACAAUCAACUAUAUACAAUUGGAGCUGUGGUCAUUUUUCCAGGCCACUUCUUACUGUGGCUGAUGACAAUGAGGAAAUUAUCGCCAGACGAGAAGAGAGGGAACGGAAUGCUCUGGAUCGCAUUGCUAAGUGUCAGCAUUCUUCUGUAAGCAAAAUUGGCAAUCAAAUUGCUAGUUGGGACACCAAGUUUGAAAUGGGUACAAAGGCAGCAUUGCUUUUGCCCUUCUCUCCUGUGGUAAUUGCUGCGGAUGAGAAUGAGCGGAUUAGGGUAUGGAACUACGAGGAAGCUACGCCACUGAAUAGCUUCAUCAAUCAUGACUUUUCUGAUAGAGGAAUAUCUAAGUUGUGUCUUGUAAAUGAACUUGAUGACAGCUUGCUUCUAGUUGCUUCAUGUGAUGGAAAUGUUAGAGUAUGGAAGGAUUUCACUCUAAAAGGUAAGCAAAAGGUUGUAACUGCAUUUUCUGCACUCCAUGGUAGUAGACCUGGUGUUCGCAUUUCAAAUGCCGUUGUGGACUGGCAGCAGCAGUCUGGUUACUUGUAUGCUACUGGUGAAAUGCCAUCUAUACUGCUGUGGGAUCUGGACAAAGAACAAUUAGUUACACAGAUUCAGCCAUCAUCAGAAAGUACCAUCUCCUCAUUGUCUGCUUCUCAAGUUCAUGGUGGUCAGUUUGCUGCUGGCUUUGUGGAUGGAUCUGUUAGGCUGUUUGAUAUUCGUACUCCGGAGAUGCUUGUUUGCGCAACAAGGCCUCACACUCAAAGAGUUGUUGGGGUUGGCUUUCAACCUGGGUUAGAUCCAGCCAAGAUUGUGAGUGCUUCUCAAGCCGGGGACAUUCAGUUUCUGGAUAUAAGAAAUGACACCACGUCAUAUCUCACCAUUGAUGCUCAUAGGGGCUCUCUUACAGCCUUAGCUGUCCAUCGCCAUGCCCCUGUUAUUGCGAGUGGUUCAGCAAAGCAAAUUGUUAAAGUAUUCAGUUUGGAAGGGGAACAACUGAGCAUUAUCAGAUAUUACCCCACUUUCAUGGCUCAAAGAAUUGGCUCUGUCAGCUGUCUCACUUUCCAUCCUUAUAGAGUUCUCCUUGCGGCUGGUGCUGCUGAUGCUUUUGUCUCAAUCUAUGCAGAUGAUAGUUCCCAAGUGAGAUGAUACAAUUGAUUUCUCUUGCAAGGGGGUGAACCCAUUACAUAUGCUCAGUUCAACCACAAGACAUGGCUGUAUGAGCGAAGUGAUUUGAUCCUUUAUUACGACUUCCGAAUCAUCUUGCCAUGUUGGUAUAUACUUCUCUGACCUUCAUGUGGUAUUUGUAUGUUACAAUAUUCAUUAGCCUCCCCAGCAAAAACGUUGACAUAUUGCCAGGGAUUCCUGCAUUACUCUUGGAGGCUCUCACAAAAUAAACAUGGUACCUAGGUUAAAGAUGUAAAUAUCUCCUUUCUCCCCUUCUCCUUGUUUUGCCUUUU